AUGUCAAGCUUGAUGUCGUUGGAUGAACCAAUUUUCGACCUCGACAUGGCUUUGACGAUGCCAGAGCCUGAAAUUUGUGUCUGUAAUAAUGGAAGCCACAGGGAACCAAUUACGUCGAUGGAUGUUUCUUUCACCCAAAUUGUUCGUGAAAUGUCUACAGUUGAAGUGGUCGGUAGUACUGUUUGUACGGUAUGCAUGGAAGGUUUCGAAUCGACAGUUGGGGCCAAACAAGUCGCUUGUGGCCAUGUAUUCCAUUCACAUUGUCUUACCAACUGGCUUUCACUCCACAACUCUUGCCCUCUUUGCCGCUUCCAAGUGAUCACCUUCAGCCAGCAAACACCUCGUUAA